UAAACACACGGAGAGGCGGUCAGCAGAGCGCACGAACAGAGACAGACAAGUAGGUGAACAGCCCCAAGAGGUUUUCUGCUGUCCGGUUAAUUGUAUUUAUUUACGGCUUGUGUAUUCCGGUGACUGACCAGCGAGAGCGUUAUUUUUCCUCCCCAAAAGACGGACAAGGUGGACAUUAAUAAAGAUUGUUCCGAGUGUCAGCACAACAAAGAAAAGAGAGAGAACAAGACUCUGGGCUAAUUGCUGUUUACCAAAUAACUCUCAGACUGUCCUCUGUGGUUCACCUUGUGUGACGAGACUCAGUUCUCUGCUGUUCUCAGUCACUGGGUUCCAGUUUGGACGAAGUUCUCAUCUAACAUGAUUCCAGCGCAGAUGGCCUUUUAGAGACUUCAGCUGUGAAAGUUUACUCAUUCAAAUUUUUAAUCAAGAUUUAGUUUUCUUUUAAGCACCAAAUGUAAUCCUCCCUCCUCACUUCAUUAAGUGGGCAUUAUGUUGACCCAAAUCUAAACCCAUUCACACCCUAUCUUUACCUUUCCCUUCCAUCUCCCCUCCCCGCAUCCUUCCCCAUCUUUAUCAUGACCAGUUUGAAGCGCUCUCAGACGGAGCGUUCAGUUGGGGGAUCUGUACCGGCCAGUGAUGAGUUCUAUACUCGCCGCCUUAGACUGCCCAAUGGAGGAGCACCACCACCUCGCAGCGAGAGUGCACACAUCUCCUCUUCCUCAACCACCGGCACCAACCCUGGUGUCCCAAAGAUGGGGGUUCGGGCCCGCGUGGCUGAUUGGCCCCCAAGAAAAGAUGGUGGAGGAGGGGGUGUUUGGCAUAUCACUGUGGAAACCGACUCGCCCAGUUCCACUAACACCACCAGCUCUUCAGGAUCAGGGAGUGGGGACAGAGAACGGCUUAUGGGAGGAGGAGGCAGUGGAGGAGGAGGUGGAGGAAUGGGCAGUAGUGGUAGUGGUGGCAGUGGAGGAGGAAGUGUGUCAGCUGUUCAAGCCCACAGCAAUCUGUCAGCCAAGCUGGGUCACCUGAUAAGCCCACAAGACUCAUCCAUGCUGCGCAACAUCCACAACACACUGAAGAGCAAGAUGCAAAGCAAAGGAAAGGACAAUCGUUUCCUGUCACCAGACGGCUAUCUGGGCUCACCUCGCAAAGGCAUGAGACGUAUCCGCCAGCGCAGUAACAGUGAUAUUACUAUCAGUGAGCUAGAUGGGGAGGGGAAUGAAGGCUGGUCCUUCUCUGGGUGGACACCCAUGCACCGUGAGUAUGGCAGCACUUCAUCUAUAGAUAAACAUGGGGUGUCAGGAGAGAGCUUCUUUGACAUGCUAAAGGGAUAUCAGUCUGCUGAGGCCCCCGAUCAGCGAAGCCCAGCGCCAGAGAGACUAACAGAACUCCUUACUGUGGCCCCCAUAAAGCAGGCCGCCCUGGACCUGCCAGAUGGACCUUUAGGUCCAGCCCGAGGGAGUCCUGCCAGUCGGCUGAAGGAACGAGAGAAGCACUUGAAGAGAAGAUCAAAAUCAGAAACUGGUGGAGAGUCCAUCUUCCGAAAGCUGCGCAGUGUGAAGGUUGAGGGUGACACGUCAAGGGCUGGCUCAGAUGUUGAGGAUGGGGGGAAAGGUGAUGAAAGCGGACCACCUCCUAAACCCUGGGUAUGCCAAAAAGGCUUUGCCCAUUUCGAUGUCCAGUCCAUACUGUUCGACCUCAACGAGGCAAUCCAUAGCCGGCAAUCUGGUGCCAAACGCAAGAACACCACUACUGGUGCCUCAGCUGCUGCUGCUGCCUCAGCCUCAGCCUCGUCUUCCCUUUCAUCCAAUCAGAGUGGAGUGUAUGGGUCACCUUGUGGCUCACAAGAGGAGUUAAGCAAGGAAGGUUCAGGAGGUGGACACAGUGCCAACCCUGCAUUGGACCCUGGUGAUGACAAGAGCAAUGAUUUGGUUCUCAGCUGUCCUUGUUUCAGAAAUGAAAUUGGAGGAGAGGGUGAGAGGAACAUCUCUCCAGCAAAACAGCAGGGCAGCAUAGGUAGUGGUGGGAGCUCUAGCAGUUCCUCUGGAAGUACAGAAGAAGGACCUUUGGAUGCCACUCUCACUACUCAUUUUACCAAUGCUGGUGUGGCUGUGCUGGAAGCUCCUAAAGAUGGGCCAAGUCAACAUGCUGACAGGUCCAAGAGAUAUAUCGUGGAACAUGUUGACCUUGGUGCCUACUAUUACCGAAAAUACUUCUAUCUCAGAGAGCACUGGAACUAUCUGGGAGUAGAUGAGAACCUGGGCCCAGUGGCAGUGAGUUUGAGGAGGGAAAAGUUAGAGGAACACAAAGAUCAUGGUCAACAGUAUAAUUACAGGGUCAUCCUCAGGACAAGUGAGCUGAAUACCCUGCGGGGUUCCAUCCUAGAAGAUGCAGUGCCAUCCACGUCCAAGCAUGGUCUUGGUCGAGGCCUGCCCUUAAAAGAAAUACUGGAAUACCUUGUUCCUGAGCUUAAUGUCCACUGCUUACGCCUGGCGCUCAACACACCUAAAGUCACUGAUCAGCUGAUGAAGCUGGACGAGCAGGGGCUGAGCUUCCAGCGGAAGGUGGGGGUUAUGUACUGCAUGGCAGGCCAGAGCAGUGAGGAGGAGAUGUACAACAAUGAAGCAGCUGGUCCUGCGCUGGAAGAGUUCCUCCAUCUGCUGGGCGAGAGGGUUAGACUCAAAGGCUUCACCAAGUACAGAGCUCAGCUGGAUACAAAGACUGAUUCAACGGGGACCCACUCCUUGUACACAACUUACAAGGAUUAUGAGAUCAUGUUCCACGUGUCCACCAUGUUGCCAUACACACCCAACAAUAAGCAGCAGCUACUGCGGAAACGUCAUAUUGGGAAUGAUAUCGUCACGAUUGUGUUCCAGGAACCAGGAGCACUCCCCUUCACCCCCAAAAACAUUCGCUCACACUUCCAGCAUGUUUUUGUGAUUGUGCAGGCACAUAACCCUUGUUCUGAAAACAGCUCCUACAGUGUGUCAGUGACCCGUUCCAAAGAUGUGCCCUCAUUCGGCCCUCCGAUCCCAGAGGGUGUGACCUUCCCCAAGUCAUCUGUGUUUCGGGACUUCCUGCUGGCCAAAGUCAUCAAUGCAGAAAAUGCCGCCCACAAAUCACACAAGUUUCGGGCCAUGGCCACCAGAACACGCCAGGAGUACCUGCGUGACCUGGCUGAGCGCCACACCACCAGCACGUCGAUUGACCCCUCUGGAAAGUUCCCCUUCAUUUCACUGGCUCAUAAAAAGAAGGAGAAGAGUCGGCCAUAUGGAGGAGCAGAGCUGCGCAGUCUUGGAGCGGUGACCUGGCCAGUUCAUGCUGAGGAUCAUGGGAACGGAGGGGAACUUGAGGCUCUCCUGGCCAUUUCUAAUGACUUUCUCAUCCUGCUGGACCAGGAGGCCAAGGCUGUGGUGUUCAACUGUGCCACAAAGGAUGUGAUCGGCUGGACACUCAGCAGUCCUGCGUCUUUAAAGAUUUUCUAUGAGAGGGGAGAAAGUCUGUCUCUGAGGAGCAUCAGUAAUAAUACAGAGGAUUUCAAAGAAGUGGUCAAACGUCUAGAGUUUCUUACAAAGGGUUGGGAGACAUCUGAGAUGACACUUCGUCGGAACGGCCUGGGUCAGCUCGGCUUUCAUGUGAAUUAUGAAGGCAUCGUGGCUGAGGUUGAGCCGUAUGGCUACGCCUGGCAGGCAGGCCUACGCCAGGGAAGCCGUUUGGUGGAAAUCUGCAAAGUCGCCGUAGCAACUCUGACCCAUGAGCAGAUGAUUGAUCUCUUGCGGAACUCUGUGACAGUUCGUGUUGUUAUUAUCCCACCACAUGAUGAUGCUACUCCACGCAGGGGCUGCUCAGAGCUCUAUCGAGUGCCUGUGUCUGAAUACAAGGGCAGCAGCAGCGAUAGUGGCUCCUUCGAGUACAAGUUUCCCUUCCGCAGCAACAACAACAAAUGGCAGCGAACAUCCAGCAGUCCUCAGCAAUCACUGACCGCUUCACCACAGCCUCACACACCCAACCGGGCCAUCAGCUUGGGCAGCUCAGUGGGAAAGACCCUGUCAGCUGAGAGGCUGGAGAGGGGUGCUGCCAUUCCACGAAGCGUCAGCAGUGAUGGCCGACCUCUGGAAUCCAAGAGGAUGUCUCCGGGCAGUGAGAGCUACAGUCUGGCCUCCUCCUUGGCUUUAGGCCGCUCCCCGCACAACCGCAGCUCUCCCAGCAACCUGUCCUGUUCCAGCGAUGCUUCUGGAAGUUCCGCUCACUGGAGACAGAAGUCCAUGCCUGAGCAGUUUGGAGGAAGCCGGCAUUCCCCAAUGUCUACAGAGAGACGGGAGGUGGUCGGAGAGGGUAGUUCCAGUGGGAAGUCUACUCCCAAUUGGUCAAGAAUGGAAGAUGGAGGAACUGAGCGAGGGUCAACAGAGGCCCCAGUUUCCAAAUCUGGUCAGGGCUACUCGGGAGCUCCCCGCAUCCAGAGGCAGGAGCAAGUCAUCCACCUGUCCCCAAAGAAGGGCAGCCAGUCUGAUGGCCCUUACUCAGGUCACUCCAGCAGUAACACUCUAUCCAGCACCGCUUCCAGUGGGGGCCACAGUGACAGCGACAAAUGGUAUGAGAUGGGGGCAGGUGGAGGUUCCAGCGGUGACCAGGGUGACCCAGAACCCAAUGGUUUAGGAGGAGGAGGCUACCUCCAGGGUACCUCUGCUGACAGUGGCAUUGACACCAGCUCUUAUGGAGCCCCACAUCAUGCCCACCCCCACUCCCAUCAUGGCAGCACCACCUCGCUACUGGCUCCCAGUGGAAGUAGAGAAAGCAGGGAGCGCUCAGCAUCUCCGUGGCAUAGUCCAACCGAGGGAGGGCGGAGGAUGCUCGAGAGGUCGCCUGCUGCUGCAGAGUCUUCUGGUCCUCCAGGAGAAAGGAGCCUGGAAGGGAUGGGUCGAAGCCCGCCAACUCAUCUCCUCGUUAGAGACAGCAGUACCUACAGUCUGAGUGAUGCUGGAUUACACUCAAGGCACUCUGGCCACAGCUCUCCCAGAGAUGAGUCAUCCUCUUCAGCAACCUCCCCUUCUUCUCAGUCCUCUGUGUCCCCUGGGCCCAAGAGCUUUUACCCCCGACAGGGAGCUCAGUCCAAGUAUUUGAUUGGCUGGAGGAAACCUGGGUCCACCAUCAAUUCUGUUGACUUUGGAGACACACGCAAGAAAUCUCCAGGAGAAAGUGGAAGCGAGGUGGUUCCAACCCCAGCAGCCAGGCCAUCACUUAGAGACAUGCACUCACCCCAGUCGCAUGCAAAAUCAACUAUGGAGGAAGAUGUGAAGAGGCACACUGCUCCUGACAGUCCCCCCCCACCACGAAAACACAAGGAAAAGCAUGGCCAGAAGUCACCUCCGGGCCAGCCUCUCAGCCGCCGCCGCUCUCUCCAUCGUACCCUGUCCGAUGAGAGCAUCUAUCGCGGCCAGCGCCUUCCUUCCCUGAGCGACUCAGUGACUGAACCAGCGCUGGGCUCUGAUGUUCUUUUUAGUUGUUCCACCCUUCCUCGGUCCCCCACCACCCGUGGCGUGCCCCUCAGACGGCCCUCCUAUAAGCUGGGAGUCAAGCUCCAUGGUGACCUUUCUGCAUCGGACACGUCAUUGGUGGAUUUGGUGGAACGUCAUCGCGGGCCUCUUCCUCAGGAGCUGAUGCCCCUCCCAUCAUCAAAUAGGGACAGCCCUCUAGACUGGACACACCUGGUGGAUGUGGCCAAUACCUUUGAGAAUGAGAGAAACACACACUACAUCCAAAGAAGUUAUGUGUUUGGGGAUGCAAACCACCGAAGCAGCGGGGCCUCCAGUCCUCAGCAGCCCCACAUAGAGCUGCAACCAGCUCCGUUAUCACGGCCCUCAUCCAGUGAGGGUCACAUUGGGUUGGAGAGGAAGGUGACUAAACUAGAGGCCAUGGUGAAGAUGCUCCAGGAGGAUCUGAAGAAGGAACGAGAAGAAAAAUUGCGUCUUCAGGCUCAGAUCAAGAGGCUCUGGGAGGACAACCAGAGACUGCAGGAAGAGUCCCAGACCUCUGCUGCCAAGCUGAAGAAGUUCACUGAGUGGGUCUUCAACACCAUCGACAUGAACUGACUCUCACCUGCUAAUUUCAGCUCCCACAAACACCCAAGCAGUUCAGCAGCACACACAGUCUGCGUCAAGAGGCAGAUGGGAUCAAGAUGAGACUUAGUGUUGGAUUCAGUUAGCCACCUUCCAUUAGCCUCAAACGUGAGUAGAUAAACUGUGUCCGACUCUGCAGACUCUUUUUCUGAGGUUGAGAUUUGUCUCAGGCAUUAAAUCAUAAGACUUUUUACACAACUAGAUGAUCAUUUUAAUCAACGUUUUUUUUUUUUUUUUUUUGCAAAAUUGCCACCAAGAGGAAAAUUUUGCCCUCAUUCUUUUUCCUAAAGAAGUUGACUUUAGCCCUUACUCAUAUUCCAGGGUUCACAAUAAAGAGUCAGCCCUUUCUUUCCUGCCACUUCUGCUCAGUGAAAGUGCUUUACUUUUCAGGGCGACAGUUGGCCUUUUGCAUUUUGAUUUUUUUCUUUUUUUUUUACCCUUUCUAUUUUUUUUUUUAAAUGAUGUCCAGCUGCUCUGAAAGGGGACAAAAGUCUUUUGUGCCAAAUCAAAGCCACCUCAGCACGUGGAUGCACCGACAUCCAGGUGACUUAAAAGAAGACGAAUCUGAAAUGCCACAUAAAGUCUGACAGCUACGCAACAAAUCUGCUAGUUGAGCCUUCCAGAAUUUCCUGGAACAUAAACACACACACUAAAUCCAAAGCCACAACAUCAGAGGACACAAAAGAGGUUUCUGUUUCCUUUGCAUGUAAGUGGAAUAGACAAUUUUAGUGCCUGUGUUUUGUCUCCUCAAAAGCUGAAAUUGCUGGACAGCCAGCCUCAGACAUAAAGAAGGGUCGAUGUGCAGCUGCUCAGGAGGUAAACAUGCUUGUACAGUUCCUCUCCUCCGUGUCGCUCAGAUCUGGAUUACAACAACCGCUCUGUAUGUACAGGACAAGGCUGAAGACAACACCUGAAUGAGGAGUUUAUUUAAAAGCCAUCGGCAAGUAGUGCCAUAAAACAAGACUAAUCCAGAGUGCUUUGGUCCAUCCUAGUUUUAUGUGUUGUAAAAGCAAUAGGAAGAAGUCAGGACUCCUGUCUUUCCCUCCAAAAAAAAAAAGAAAAAAGGAGAAAAUGUCAUUUGGAAGGUACACUUACAAGAACACCAAUCUGCUGCACAUGAGCCUUUAUCCUUUUCCUUUGAACAUCGUGCUCAGAAAAAUAAAGGAAAGUGAGGAAUCUGCUCAUCAUCCUACUGCCUGGAAUACAGAAGGCCAGCUAAUAAUAAAUUACAGAGACAGUUCUGAGAGGGAAACAUUGGAGUCCCCCCACCCCCCGAGGUUAAUUUAUUUCCUUGUAUUAUAAUUCUAAUAAAUGAGUUGUUCUAUUCGUACAGUACAACGGACAUCAGUGUUUAGUUCCUCAAGAGAAACGGUCACUAGCUAUAUUAUUUAAAUGGCUCUCUUUCUCAAUUCUAUCUAAAACCUGACUAUAUGCUUUUUAUUCUGUAUUUUGUUGUAUUUUGUGGUGCCAGAGCCUGCUGUCGUGUUGCUUACAGUGCCCUCUAGUGGUAACCAGUGAAAAUGUCAUGAUUUGUAAAUGUGCUGCCUGCCAUUCUGUAUUUUUUCCCAAUGCCUCUUUAGCAGUCUUACAUCAAACCGGGAGGCCACCCAAACGUAGAGAACAGGAAUAAGAUCAGAAGCCAGCUUUUAGAGACAAUCAAGCAUUGAUAUAUAUAUAUUUUUUUCUUAGUAAAAGGAGCAGUUUUUGUGUGGAUGUUGUCUUUCAUAACAUCUACAGUUUUCCUCAGGUUCGGUUUUAGCUGGGUAGGAGAUAUCUUCAGGAAGUCAGGAAGAACAGCAUAUGUUGUAUUAAAAAGAAAGCUGAUAAGAGUAAUCUGCAGUAGGUGCUGCACCAGUGGCAGUGUGCAUGUCGUCAUUGUGUGAAUGUACAUCAGUCUAUCCAGCCGUGCCUACAGUCACUUCUUUGGUCAUUCACUCCCAGGCAGAGUAGGGACGUGCCUUUGAAAUAGCACCUGGAGAAUAGAUAAAAAGGGAAAGGCUCUUCAUCUUCAUCCUGAAAGAUCAACACACCUGCAGUCAUACACACUCAUCUGACGCACUUUUAAUCAAGUUCAUACUCAGUUUUCUGAGCCUCAUAACAUUUUGUGCAGGGAAAUCGCUGCAACACAUGAGAUGCAUGUAAAAACUGAACGCCAGCAACACGAGACGGGGAGGAAAGUGUGUGAGUUGUAUGGAUAGUUGUGCCUUUGCAUUAAUAGCAUGUAUGUAUAUUAGAGUGACAGUUUUUCUCUCAUUCAGUGUUGAGGUUUAUUUAGGUUACUUUUAGCUAGUCCAUUAUGGCUUUUGCAUCACAACAGGGGUGUUUACCAUCAUUCUCUGUCCCCGGUUUUUAAAUUCUUACAUUUAAAUCUUAAGUUUAUGCAUCUGCAGCACAGAUCAGCACCAAGGAAAGUGAAUGUAAAGUGAAAACAAGCCUAAAGAAAUGUGAUGUUUGUUAUAGCUGGCGUAUUCAUUCAGCUCUGCAGCUUUGUAGAGACAUAAGUGGACUCUUAGUGAGUGUAUUGGUUCUGUUUUAAGAAUCUUUUGCACCAGUAGACAGUUAACAACAGAUUAUUUGGGUUUUAAUAGUUUCACAAUCUGGCCACUUGUGAAAAUCAGUCAAGUACUCAACCAGUUAAGUAAAAUCCUGAAAUUUUAUUUUUAAAAAAGUGAUUCAUUUAGACAUAAUUUUUCCCAAACCAUAAGGAUUUGACUGUAACUUGUUUGCCAGUAACACUGGUUUUCAGUCUAUAUUAACAUUGUUGCUUAAAUUGUACAGUUCACUAACUGAAGGCAAUGUUAUGUAUUUAGUUGUACAUGGAAAGAGUGCUCUGGUUUUUGUAUUUCAAAUGAAUUAUGGCAAAAAUGUGCAGUGCAGAUGUUAAAAUGUGCAUCAUAAAGUUGACAGUUGUCUUCAAGUCAUAAACACAUAAGCCAGUUUUUUUGUUGUUGUAAAUGUUGCUUUAUUUUAUAGCUUGCUGAUUUUUUUUCUCCUCAGUUGGUUAACAGAAGGAUAUUGGAAAUAUGAAUGUUAAGAUGUUUAAAAGUUUCACUUUGUAAUAUCUUAUUAUUGAGAUCCUUUGCACAAUGUUUAAUACAGACUGCGUUUGCAGGUUUUGGAUAUAAGGAGGAUGACUUGAUCCAUUCCUGUUUAAUCCUGUCUUGGUGUUCCACCAUAGUUUCCCCACCAGUGCAGCUCCUGUCAAAUAGAGGAAGGUGCUGGACUGCAUUGGCUUUACAAAAUGUUAAUAUGAACUGAAUGUUUCCUUGAGUAUCGCUGACCAGAAAAGAGCAGACUGGAUGUUAGUGUCAUAGGGAUGCUUGUCAGGCACGGCUUGCGAGGUCAGUGAUUGCAGCAGGGGAGGGAGGUUCUACAAAGCUCAGAGACGCAGCCCGCAUCCUGAUCCGUUCUGUUUGCUCCUAUUGACUCAACAGUAAGCCCAUCGGCUCCCGCUGGAGAUAAAGCACACACUUUUUAAUGGACCACAAGUUUUACAGGAUUGAAAAUACUGUUUACGUCCCAGAUCCAUUGUCUUUGUAAAGUGUAAAAGUAUAAAAGACAUUUGCAGUGAUCACAGUAUUAAAUUUUCUGAAAUAAAUAAAUGCUGUUUGUUGUGCUAUUAUUUGCGUUUUUCCUCUGCUGUAUUUUUU